CCGCCGGCAGUCUAGGACAGGAAAGGAGAGAGAUCACUACUAGUUUGCACGACCUGCCCGUGAAAUUUGCAGUUCGUUUAGUUUUCACUCUAAAAAAGUGAAAUCAUGGGGGCUGUGGCGGAGUUAGUGGGCGCUCAUCACUCGCUGUUUUCGCCGCCCAGUUGUCAUUGCCGCUGAUCCUCCGCAGGAAGACGGACACAGUGCUUUUUUCUGUAAAGGUGUUCGCAGUUUUGUGCGAGCGGACUAAAGACACUUCUUGGUGCUCGGAUCUCCAAUGGCCCCGCAUCAUUACUUUCUUACAUGGGCUUUGAUCUUGGCCUCGCGGAGUUCAGUGGGCCAGGAGUUUACUUCGCCGGCGCUCGACGGCAGCCUACCUGUCGACUGCGUGCUCAAAGUGGUUCGCGAUGCAGCUUCCUCCAACGACAUCACAAGCAAUGGAGGUGAGAGUUUUUGCAUCACCGCCAGCGCGGUCAACGAAGCCUUUAGCCUGGCCAGGUCAAAGGUCGGCAUCUUCAGUGCUCCUCGAAAACCGAGGCAGAGAGUUGAGGAGGAUUUACUCGCAGAGGCCAUUCAGGAAACUACACGAUUGCUUAGAGACAGGUAUAAACUGACUGAAGAUGAGAUCUGGGCUGGCCUCCCGUUAUUAGACACCGCCGAAACGGAAAUUGCUGAUUGGUGCCCGGACAGGUUGUCUCUGAGCCGAUCCUGUCCACCAGAGUUGGCGCGCUACAGGUCUUACGACGGCUCCUGCAACAAUGAAGGACCGCUCUCUUGGGCCCAGGGUGCUGCUCAACAACCCUUUCCACGGAUGCUUCCUCCAGUUUAUGCCGAUGGCGUGGGCAUUCCGAGGCGGUCAGUGACGGGAAAACCUCUGCCCAACGCGCGAUACGUCUCGUCGCGCGUGCACCGUGACCUUGGUCUUCAUGACCACGCCGUCACCCUGAUGUUCCUCGCCUGGGGUCAAAUUUUGGACCACGAUGUUACUUUCACAGCAGAAGCAAAGAACGCUGGAACCAAUACUGAGCCCCAGUGCUGCGAUAAUCCCAGGGCAAAUCCAAACUGUGCCACUCUGACCAUUCCCUUUGACGACCCCUUUUAUGCAAAGUACGGCCGAAGAUGUAUCGACUUCAUGCGCACUCCCCCUGCCCUGCGACCUGGAUGCAAACUCGGUACGAGAGCGCAGAAUAAUGACCUGACGCCAGCUAUUGAUGCAAGUUUCAUCUACGGCUCAAGCGCCCAAGUCGCCAGAUCCCUUCGUUUGGGAGCAAAUGGUCUGAUGGCCAACCUCGACCUUUUGCCCAACGGUUUGAAGCCCUUGCUUCCUCUCAAGGUCCAGUUCCCUGACGACGGUUGCACCCGACCCUCACCUGAUAUCUUUUGUUUCUUGGCUGGAGAUAACAGGGUUAACGAGCAGUUGAUGCUGACGGUUUUGCACACGAUUUUCAUCCGCGAGCACAACAGAAUCGCCACUGAACUGUCCGCUUUAAAUCCUCACUGGACAGAUGAAACUCUUUAUCAGGAAACUCGCAUGAUUAUGGCAGCCCUUGUACAGCACAUCACUUUCGAUGAAUUUCUGCCCAUCCUUUUGGGAAAGGAAGUCAUGGCUAAGGAACAGUUGCAACUUGAGCCUGAGGGCUACAGUAAUUUGUAUCAGCCAGGGCUUAAUCCCGCAGUACCUGAUAGUUUCGCCACUGCCGCCUUCCGGUUUGGACACUCACUUUUACCAAGUACCAUUGAACGUUGGUCUCCGGCCCACAGAUACAUCAGUUCUAUUAGACUGAGCGCUGUUCUUCGUCAACCCUUCUCCGUCUACAGACCCGGUAGGAUGGACGAAUUAAUUCUGGGAAUGGUCAAUCAAGUGUCCCAAGCCAUGGAUGAAGCAGUCACAAGCGAGGUGACAACUCAUCUGUUCCGCAAACCCGGCUCCCCGUUUGGCCGAGACCUGGCGUCCAUCAACAUUGCCAGGGCCAGGGAACAUGGUGUUCCUUCGUACACUAAAUUCAGAGAGUACUGUGGACUUCCUGUGCCAAAUACCUGGGAGGAGUUUGUUCAAGAUAUGACUGUGAAUGUAACAGCCAUUGAGUACAGCCAUAUGUUUGAGAGCGUCCACGAUGUUGAUUUGUGGUCAGCUGGAAUAUGCGAAAGGCCACUUCCGGGCGGAAUGGUUGGACCAACUUUCAGCUGCAUUAUCAGCCGAUCCUUUAGGCAACUUCGUCGCGCCGAUAGAUUCUGGUAUGAAAAUCCUGACCACCCAGGCGCCUUCACACCAGGCCAACUGAAGUCUAUCAAAAGGAUGACUUUUGCCAGAAUGCUUUGUGACAAUUCUGACAACAUUCAGACGGUUCAGAAUUUUGUGUUCCUUUUGCCAGAUUCUGAGUUGAACCCAAGACUUCCCUGCCAAAGCCAAGUUAUUCCGAGACUGGACCUGACACCAUGGAGAGACCUAAACAGGUCCAAAAAAUAAAAGUUCAUUUGUGCUAUAGAAAUUAUAAAAAUAUUCAGUCAAUUGUAAAUAAAAAUUUUAAUAUAUUGUGUAAAUAUUGUAAAUAACAAAUAUUAUCUAAAUCCAUGCCAAACUUGUAAUGAAUAUUAAGUUAAAAAGUGGUUUAUUGAUGUUAUGAAAUUAAAUGAGAU